AUGUCGGUGGAGGAGUCCAAACAGGUAAACCUUGAUAUAGUAAGAGAAUAUGAGGAUGUAUUUAGUGGAAUAGGCUGUCUUCCUGGGAAAUAUACAAUAAGAUUAAAAGAAAAUUCUAUUCCAGUAGUUCAUGCGCCACGUAAAUUGCCCUUUGCUAUAAAAGAUGACGUAAGAAAGAAAUUGUUAGAAAUGGAGUCUCAGGGUAUUAUAGCGAAGGUUGAGGGACCAACUGAUUGGGUAAAUAGUAUCACGAUAGUUAGAAAAGGAAAUGGUGACUUACGUAUUUGUUUAGAUCCAAAAGAGUUAAAUGAAUGUAUUAAAAGAGAAUAUUUUAGACUACCCACUAUAGAUGAGAUAUUAUCUCAAUUAUCAGGUGCCUGCUAUUUUAGUACUUUGGAUGCCUCAAUGGGAUUUUGGCAGGUAGAAUUAGAUGAAACAAAUAAAUAUUGUACUUUUAAUACGCCGUUUGGUCGAUAUAAAUUUCUAAGAAUGCCGUUCGGAAUAUGCUCGGCCUCGGAGGUAUUUCAUAGAAAGAUGUAUGAAAACUUUGAUGAUAUAGAAGGUGUAUGUAUGUACAUCGACGAUUUGUUAAUUUAUGCUAAAACGAAAAAAGAACAUGAUAAAGUAUUAAGAAAAGUAUUAAAUAGGUGUAGAAAGAUUAAUUUGAAGUUGAAUAUGCAAAAAUGUAAAUUUGGGUUACAAGAACUAAAAUAUCUUGGUCAUCGGAUCACAAAAAAUGGAUUAUGUGCAGAUGAUUCUCACAUUUCCGCAAUACAAAACAUGCCAAUUCCGAAAAAUAAAAAAGAUAUAGAACGUUUUUUGGGACUAGUGACUUAUGUAGGAAAAUUUGUACCACAUUUGUCAGACAAAACCAUAUUUUUGAGAGACAUUCUAAAGAAAGAUGUGGAUUGGCACUGGGAUGAGAAUCAGGAGCGUUGUUUUUUAGAAUUAAAAAACGUUUUAUCAUGCCCACCUGUUCUUCAAUAUUAUAGCAUCAAAGAACCAAUAGUCAUAUCGGUGGAUGCGAGUAGCAGCGGGUUAGGUGCUUGUCUUAUGCAGAAAGAGUUGCCCGUAUGUUACGCGUCUAAAGCGCUCACUACAACUGAACAAAGAUAUGCUCAGAUAGAAAAAGAAUUGUAUGCGUGUGUGUUUGCAUGUGAAAGGUUCUAUGAAUAUAUAUAUGGACGAUCAGACGUUACUAUUGAGACUGAUCACAAACCGCUAAUAAGUAUCAUUAAAAAACCAAUCGUAGAUUCUCCAGCGCGAUUACAAAGAAUGUUAUUGAGAUUGCAGCGUUUUACAUUUAGACUAAUUUACAAACCCGGUAAACAUCUUUAUGUCGCAGACGCGCUGUCGCGUGCGUACGAAGACAAUAGGAUAGAUGAGUCAUCGCUGAGUGACUGUGACAACUUCAAUGAUGAGAUAUGUAUGGUUUUAUGCGAUAAAGUCCUAGCGAUUUCUGAAUAUAUCCCCGAUUUACAAUUGACUGCGAUUCAAAAACGCACUCAGUCGGAUAGUGAAUUAGUUCAGUUAAAGAAAUAUAUCAUGCAAGGCUGGCCAAAUGAUAAUUCGGAUGUACCUGAGAUAAUAAAACCCUACUGGAAUUAUAGAAAUGACUUGUCAUAUACACUUGGGUUGGUAUUCAAAAAUGACAGGAUAGUGGUACCGAAGGAAUACAGGAAGGAAAUUUUAAAUAAAAUACAUAUAGGUCAUUUGGGUUUAGAAAAGUGUAAAUUAAGAGCUAGGGAAAUAGUAUUCUGGCCGGGAAUGAAUAAUGAUUUGCAUAAUCUAAUAACAAACUGUAACACAUGUCUGUCACAUAGGAAAAGUAAUCAAAAACAGGAACUAAUACCUCACAGCAUACCCGAUCGAGCCUGGGAAAAAGUAGGAGUAGAUUUGUUUCAAUUGAAAGGUGAGGAUUAUUUAUUGUUAGUGGAUUACUUUAGUAAAUUUUGUGAAGUCGUUAAAUUACAUUCAACCAUGUCUGAGAGUGUAAUUAAUGCAUUAAAAAAUAUAUUUUAUCGUCAAGGAAUUCCAAAUAUAGUUAUGUCAGAUUGUGGUCCACAAUUCUCAUCUAGUUUGUUUAGACAAUUUGCUCUUGAUUGGGGAUUUAUACACACAACAUCAUCCCCGUAUUAUCCUCAAUCGAAUGGACAAGUCGAACGCAUGGUACAGACUAUAAAAAACAUCAUGAUAAAAACGAAUGAGGACCAAAUUGAUUAUCGUUUAGCGAUAUUAGAAUACUUAAAUACUCCAUUGACAGACAGCUUGCCUUCUCCAGCAGAGUUAUUACAAAGUAGAAAAUUAAAAAGCAUAAUUCCGACAUCGAAUAAAUUAUUAAAAUCCAAAGUACACACAAAUGUUAGAAAUAAAUUAAUAGAAAGACAGGCAUUACAUAAGUAUUAUUAUGAUAGAAAUAAAAAACAUUUAGAAUCGUUAUCAAUAGGACAAAAAGUAAAAGUUUACAAUAAAUUUGCAAAGCGCUGGACAUCUGGAAUAGUAACAGGCAUAUUGAGAGACAGAUCUUAUGAAAUUCUUUUAUCAAAUGGCAAUAAAGUGGUAAGGAAUAGGCGACACAUUAUUAGGGACUCCUCUCAACGACAUGACCCGCCACAGGAUUACAACUUUGAAUAUGAUGAUAACUGUCAGUAUUGUGAUAAUACUAAUAAUUUAAGUAGCGAUACAUAUUCUUCAGACAUUCGUCGAACUCGCUAUGGAAGGGUGGUGAGACCGCCGGACAGGUGGGGUUAUGAAAACGAGUCUUAA